AUGACUAUAUCGGCGGACCAGCUUCGCGCGCUCCAGAUCGUCGAGCGAACUGCGUCGUCGCUCUCGGUCGUGGGCAUCGCGACGAUUAUAAUCACCUUCUUCUCCUCCCGAUACUUCCGCAACCCCAUCGACCGGCUGAUCCUGAUCAAUGCCUUUUACAACGCCUUCGACGUCACAGCCACGUUGAUCUCGCUGAGCGGGCCGGCAGCAGGCAACGGCUCGGCCCUGUGCCAGUUCCAGGGAUUCCUGAUGCAAAUGUUCCCGCUGGCCGACGUGCUGUGGACGCUGGCCAUGGCCAUCGAUGUCUUUUUGAUUGUAUAUUACCAGUACGAUGCCAACGCUCUGCGGCGGCUGGAGAUUAAGUACAUUGGCGCCAUCACGGCCAUCACCUUCACGCCCGCGUUUGUGUUUCUGUUUAUCCACACCGCCGAGAAGGGGCACAUGUACGGUAGUGUGACGGCGCCAAGCAGAUCAGGAGAACGUCGCCUUCGUCUGACAACGUACAGGAUCAUUAUAGGUAUCGUCUUCAUCCUCUACUGCAUGGUCGGUUGGAAAAUUGUCAAAGGCAAACGGGCCCUCCGGUCAAUCGAGAGCGACAUCAUCCCACUCGACCUGCAACAAACAGCCGAGAAAGACGACGACGACAACACCACCGAGAGCACUCAGAACACCAAGAGCACGGAGGGCGCAGAGGGCACUACCAGAAACGCCAUUGGCCUCGCCGUAUCGUCGUCCACGCGAACCCUAGGCCCACACACGAGCAUGCACGGCGGCAUGGCUGCCUCGGCACCAACGACCAAAGGACACACUGCCAAGGCGUGGUCCCGCGACGGCACGGAGUCCAUAUCGCCGCUGCGGCCAGUCGACGAUUUUGGCAGCAGCCCAGACCAGUCGGGCAGCGCCAGUUUCAGCAUGAGCCCGAGCCUUAGUAGCCACAAGUGGCAGGCCAACCGGUCGGCCCUGUCGCUGCGGCAGUACCUGCUGAUGCCCGUCAUGUUCUUUGUGGUGCUCAUGGUCAUCUGGGUCGCGCCCACGACGAACCGCCUGCUGUCGUUUGUGGAGCCCUCGUUUGUGUCGUUCCCGCUAUACAUUGCCGUCGGCGCAACGGGGUCGCUGCGCGGGUUCUGGAACGGCUGCGUGUUUUUGGCCGUGGGGUUACGGUCGCGGCAGAGCCAGCGCCGGCUCGAGGCCGUGCGGCCAGGGCAUUAUAGAUGA